AUCAAACGAAAAGAGCUGUCGACUGUUGAUUAUAAAUAUCUAUUUCCUAUAUUUAAAUUCCUGGAUAAUUUACAGCGCAAAUGAAGUCGAUAUUUGAUUUAGCUGCGCUAGCUUGAUGAUAAAACUAGCUUUUUUCUCAUCAUCGUGAGCUCGCCUGAUUUGACUGCGCUCUGCCCGGACUGGUCGUGCUUUCCGAACACACCGCCUCUGUGGCGAUGGCUACAGAUUUACUUUCUGAUUUGGACACCCGAUUCUUUGCCGAUAACCUUCUGACGAGCGAAGACUGGGAUGCCUGCCUGUACCAGUGUGAGAGCAUGGAGGAGGGGGAGGACGGAGACUUAAGUCAGAGGCUGAGCUACGAUGCGUCGGAAACACUUCAGUGAUAAAAAACGAGAUGACCAUAACAGAACCUUUACCAGUGGAAAUGUUGUUCCAGAUAAAAGCAGAGCCUCCGUCUCCUGCGUCCUCUCUGGAGUCCGACUAUUCCGUGUCCUCACCCGAACCACAGGUUACAGUKAAAGGUGAAAACCCUCCGACUCCUCCGUACUUGUACGGAGACGUGCUGUCUCCUCCGCUGGGGACGAUGGAGGUGACGGUGGCCACGACGACAGUGCCCCCGCCUCAGACCCAGAUACCUACAGUGACACAGACUUCGCUAACGUCCGUCCCGGCCGUCAUCAGUGGAAUCCAGACGCAAGCUGCAGUCCUUCCGAGCACAACAACAUUAAAAGCCAGCACCAUCCUCAGCAACAAACCUCCCAUCCAGCCCCGACCGGUGUGCGUCGCCACCCUCCCAGUCCCCCAGAACCCCACACCUGCCAAGACCCUCAUACUGCAGAGCCUCCCCUCCAUGGACCAGACCAGACCUGUCGUCCUCUCUCCGUCCGUCUGCCUCAGUUCGGCUCCUGCUAUCGUCAAAAUGGAGCCCGUCUCUCCCAGCAUCCCCCAGCACUGCUCCAGCCCAACCUCCUCCUCCUCCUCCUCCUCCAGCAGCAAACCCAUCGUCCCCGCGACCACGCCGUUACCGGGAAACAACUCCAGCGACAUCGAUAUGAAGGUGCUGAAGAGGCAGCAGAGGAUGAUAAAGAACAGAGAGUCGGCCUGCCAGUCCAGAAAGAAAAAGAAGGAGUAUCUGCAGAACCUGGAGGCCCAGCUGAGGGAGGCCCAGCAGGAGAACGAGCGGCUCCGGAGGGAGAACCAGGCACUGAGGGAGAGACUGGCUGGGAAAGAGAGCAGCGAYUCUGUGAGCAACAAGAGAGCCGUGUGCGUCAUGGCCGUGCUGCUGUUCAUGACCUUCAGCUUCGGACCUGUCAGCAUCACAGACAGGAAGCUGCCCACAGACCUGCAGGAAGACGUGAUGUCAUUUCCGGGACGGCAGCUGCUCGAGAUCAAACCGGAGCAGCAGGCAGCAGCUCAGCCCCCCAGCAAAGUGGAGGACAAGACGGAGGCAGAGGAGGACGGGGGAGACGAGCGAUGGAGGAGAGGCGAGGCCGAGAGAUACGACCCCGAGACUUUUCAGUUCCGAAACCUGAGUGCCAUGUUCAGUGACAUGAAGGACUUGGCCCUGCAGGACAUCGACCGUUAUUUCUCCUCCUCUGAUUGCCGACAGUUCAACCGCUCUGAGUCCCUCAGGCUGGCAGAUGAGCUGAGAGGUUGGGUUCAUCGACAUCAGAUCGACAGGAAGAAGUCUGGAGGAAAACCAAAAAUCGCCAAGAAGGCAAAGAUCACCCAGAAAGCUCAGCUGAGGAAGACCAACUUCUCCAGAUAUCUGCCAAUCCAGGCUCACGGUUCCAUAGAAAGUCAUCUGAAAGUACUUCCUGGUCCAGAGGUCACCUACAGCGACUUCCUGGACGCCAUUGAUCGCAGAGAGGACACCUUCUAUGUCGUCUCUUUCAGGCGGGACCACCUGCUGCUUCCUGCCAUCAGCCACAACAAAACCAGCCGGCCCAAGAUGUCUCUGGUGAUGCCCGCCAUGUCCGUCAACGAGAGUCUGUACAACUCGUCUCAGGGCUACGAGAUGAUGAUGCAGGUCGACUGCGAGGUCAUGGACACCCGAAUCGUUGCCAUCAAGUCGUCCGCCGUGCCCCCGUCCCUCCGCGACCCCACCCCGCCUCCGCCCUCCUCCCAGCACGGCCCCCACCAUCACCACAGCAACAACACGUCCCUCCGGGGGCGCCACCAGCAUCACCCCUCGCCUAGUUCGCGGCAACCCCUGCCAGCCCGCAGACAGACGCCCGAAUACUUGAUCAGUCAGUCGGGCGGGGUCUAAAGGGGCGUGGCCACAGCAACAGGAAGAGCCUGAUGGUUGGUGAGUUGGACGAAGAAUCAGAGGGAAACAUCUUCCUCCUGGUUCUCAGAAGGCAACAAUUCAACAGAACCACUAGACUUCACGCAGUGACCGGUGCUGACAGGAUUUAGGGAAAAACUUUAGAAAAUAAUAUUGUAAUAUAUACAGACUAAAAAAAAGUUGGUGCAACACAUUGCACUUAAACUGUCCUUUGUGUGUUUUUUUUUAUCUAAAAGUGAAAAAUGUAGAAGCUGUCAGACUGAAGUGCUGAGACAGUGAGCAGAACAAAAAAACAACUAAACCCUCUAUCUGUCCUUUUUAAAGACAACUCUCAGCACUAAUACUGUCCUGAAGCGGAGUUUGUAUAUUUGUUGAACUUUAAUUAUUCUGCGUUACAGUCGCUGAAGGAACGAGCUGAUCAUGUUUUGUUGAGCGAACAUGUGCGGGACGAAGACUCUGAACGCUGUCGGCGUUCAGGGGCGUCGUCUGUGAGAGUUGUUUUAACAUCAUGAAGUAAAACAUUUCGAGUCAGAGUAUCAGGCAUACCCAGAUUAAACUACACCUUGUAUAUAAAUGUACAUAUUCAAAUUUUAGAUGAUAAAACUUCUAAACAAACAUCGUCAUCAAAUAAUAGCACAAGUACUGCAACAAACAGAUGAAUAUACUUUCUGGUUGUGAUGAUUCGACAUGAAACAUAAAAGGCUUUCAAAGGAUUUUUCUUUGAUAAUUUUCAUGUUUUAUGUAGUUUAAUUAUGCGACAUGAGCACUGACAGCUGCUGCAUGCUGAAGGAUGUUUUUGGGGGUAAUAAGAUUUAUCCUGCUGCCUUGGAGAAGUAAGUCAUGAGUUUAAAAAAUCUUUUUUUAAUGUUAAUUAGAUCAUUUUAAGUUAUUUUUUUCUUGUUUUCCUAGACAGUGGACAUCUGAUUGUUGACUUAAAAUUUAAUUUUUUUAGAGAGAGUAAUUUAAUAUGAUGCAAACUGUUAGUAGAUUUUGUGGUACGACAGCAGCAGCACAGAAAACCUGUUUUUUUUACCCUCAUGAAGAUCCUGCUUCCUGCCUCAGCUGUCACUUUUA